AUUCUCUGGAAAUCUAUUAUCUCUUAGAAAAGAUCUACCAACAUGUUCUCUUUCAUCUUGGCCCUAAUCUUGGCUUCUACCCCUCGUACGUAUGCAUGGAACGUUGAGAGGUUUACAAACCUUGUUGUCUUUGGAGACAGUUGGUCGGAUGCUGGACGACUGCAUUACUUUAUCUCCCACAAUGGUAGUGUGCCUCCAAUUGGCUGGAUUGAUGAUGGGGAUACUCCUGCUGCAGAUGGUGGACGUCCUUGGCCAUCAUACGUCGGCAUGUAUACGGGUGCAGAAGUUCACAAUUAUGCUGUGGCAGGAGCUGUAUGCUCUAACGACCUUACACCACGUAUCGCGCAGCCGACUGGGAAGUUAUUCCCUGAUGUAGCUGGCUAUCAGGUUCCUGCUUAUUUAGCAGAUCGUCAGUAUACAUAUACCAACGGAACGAUGUUUAUGGAUGCACCUCCAGAGUCAACCGUUUACGCUAUUAUGAUUGGUGGAAAUGAUGUGGGAGCAGCUGGCUAUCUCACUGAUUCGCAAACCAUAGGAACAACAAUUGCAGACUAUAUAGACUGCGUAUUUCAGCAGAUAGAUCGACUCUUUCAGCACGGUGCUCGCAAUUUCGUCAUUCAUACCCUGGGAGCAAUGUAUCUCACACCCCAAUAUGCAAUGCCAAAUGAAGGGGGUCUAAAAGCUACCCAAUAUUGGCCAGACAAAUACAGCAACAUCACUGGUGUGUCGCAAAGAAUGCUAGAGCAGGUGGCGCUCGUGAAUGCAGUAUACAAGGCCAGAUUACCUCUAGAGGUGGGAUUUCAAAAAAAGUACCCAGGUGCACAGUUUGCCCUCGUGGACCUUGACAGCCUGAUGAAGGAUAUUCACAAACAGCCCUCGGCAUAUCUUAACGGUACAAGCCCUUACAAUGUCACUGGGUACAUCAAUCACUGUUCGCUUAGUGGGACUGAUUGUUUUCUCUACGACUAUGACGGCCGAGAUGCGUUCAUGUGGUAUGAUGAACUCCAUCCAAGUGAGCAAACAUGGCGCGGAUAUGCCAAUAUUUUUGUCGAUAUCAUAAAUGGACGUAGCAAGUGGGCAACAUACAUAUCAGCUUAA